GGUACCGGAGAAACGUGUGUGAAAGUGAUAAUAUGAACUGUGUUGUUUAUAAGUUUAAAACAUAUAAAAUAAGUUAUUUAUACAUUAAAAGUUGUAUAAAUAUAAAAGUGAACAGUCCAUAUUAAAUGGAGCGGUGGCAUGUACAGUCUGGCAAGAAUCAUCACCAGCAAUUUCAACCGUAAUCACCAAAGAUGAUCAGCUCCAAGUGGCUGGUGCUGUGGUCGCUGUGGGCAGCCCGGGUGGUCCGGCAGCCGACAGUACCGCUGCAGAUCAGCGCUGGACUGGUACAAGGAACAAUCGCCAAUUCUGGAAUGCAUGCUGAAUACUUCGGCAUACCAUACGCAACUCUUGUACAGAGGUUCCAGGAACCUGGUCCUGAGCCUAAAUGGGCAGGAAUUUUCGAAGCCAUCAACGAGAAUGUACGAUGUGUACAGAGGUUUACAGGAAACUCAGUAUUAGGUCAAGAGAAUUGUCUAACUCUGAAUGUAUACACACCUCUAGAUAGACCUUCAGAUUUGUACCCUGUCAUGGUGUUCAUUCACGGAGGAGGUUUCAGAGAUGGUUCAAAUUCGCCAUUCCUUUAUGGACCGGAUUAUUUGAUAGAGCACGACGUAAUCCUUGUUACGAUUAAUUAUAGACUUGAAAACUUGGGAUUUCUCUGCCUGGGAAUCAAAGAAGCACCAGGCAACGCAGGUCUCAAAGAUCAGGUAGCUGCACUGAGAUGGGUGAAGCGAAAUAUAAAGGCAUUUGGUGGUGAUCCAGAUAAUGUAACUAUUUUUGGCGAAAGCGCUGGCGCUGCAUCGGUUUCUUAUCAUUUAGUCUCGCCAGUAUCUAAAGGUUUAUUCCACAGAGCGAUCUUGCAAAGCGGUUCGUCUACAUGUCCUUGGGCUUUGCAAACUGAGCCCUUAAAAAUCGCUAGUCAACUAGCUCAUCAAUUUGGAUCAGAAACUACAGAUCCAUAUGAAAUUUACAAAUUAUUCAUGAAUAAAUCAGCAAAAGAGCUGCUUGCAACGCGAGUACCCAGACCAAAAGGUGAUGUUCUACUAUCUGAAAACAUUUUCACACCAUGCAUUGAGAAAAAAUUACCUAAUACAGAACCGUUUUUAUUAGAAGCACCACAUAACUUAAUGACUAAAGGUCUGUACAAUAAGGUACCGGUAAUGAUAGGUUAUAACAAUGCUGAAGGUUAUAUGUUUGCUAGUAGAGAGAAUGAUACAACAAUUGCAAAUUUAGAUUUCCUACAAGCGACCCCAAUAGAUUUGGCAUUCCCUACAGUUGAAGAAAAGAAACGAAUAGCAUUAGAGCUAAAGAAACUUUAUAUGGGUGAUGAGGAAGUUAGCAAAGAGACUAUAAUAAGGUUCUCUUUCUUUGAAGGUGAUUCACGUAUAACAUAUCCAGUAAUAUCAACAACAGAAAUCCUUCUAAGUACUUCUGAUCAGCCCGUGUACUCUUACAAAACGAACUAUGAUGGAUGGUUGAAUAUAGUCAAGUUUUUGUAUGGCUUCCGUGGGCAACCUGGCGCAACUCAUGCUGAUGAACUGUUCUACAUGUUUAAGCUUAAACUUCCUCUGCUAAAUGCUGUUAUUGAAAGGAAAUUUAUUAGGAAGAUAUGUACGAUGUGGACCAAUUUUGCUAAAUACAGCAACCCCACGCCGGAGCUAACACCAUUGUUAACACAUAAAUGGUUACCUGCAGAUAAAAAUAAUCCACAUUCUCUGAUCAUAGACACGGAUUUCACAACAACACCUCUUUGGGAAGAUGAGAGAAUGCUGUUCUGGAACGCUACUUAUACGAGAUAUAGAAAAAAAAUAUAAACAGAUUGUCAAUGUAUGUUUGAGGCUUAUUAAAAAAAUC